AUGAAGCAGAAAUAGAAAUAGUAACAGUCGAUGAUAUAGUAAUUCCUUGUAAAAUUAAAGCAAUUCAGCAUGAUCUUACUACUUUUAAUCUUACCAAAGAUAUUAGCUUUACAAAUUACCUUCGAAUAUAUAAAUUCGAAAUAGAUGAGUAUUAGCUGCAACGUGUUUCGUAAAUUAGAACUAAGAGACCAUUAUCGUUUAAGGAAGAAGAUGAAGAUUUUUAAUACAACUUUUAAUAAGAUCAAUUCAUAUAGCAAUAUUAUCACUACUUUCAACAUUAAAAAAAUAAAUUGCCAAACUCAUAAUAAUCUUAACAAAAAAAAUUAAGUUUUGAAACCAAUAGAGAAAGUGAUAAAUAAAACUAAUCGAAUUUGUAGAGCGAAUCAGCAACCAUUUUUAAGGUUAAUUUAUAAGAUGAAAGCACCCCUAAUUAAAGUACUUAACUACUAAAGGAGUAAACUAUUGAUCAAUUAAAUCAAACUCUAAAAAGUGAUGUAUAAUAAUAAUUCACAAUAUCUGAUUAAUCAUAAUAACAAACACCAUUAUUAAAUUAGAGUUCUCUUCUCCAGAGUAGUAGUAACACAUUUGAUCAUUAAUAUAAAGAUAUGA